UUCAGCCAGUUUUAUAGAGAUUCACGGACAGGCAAUUAUGGCAAGCCACUGCCGCACGCGAGAGAAUAUGACAUGACGGUUUUUGACGUUUUUAAAGCGCUCGCGCGGCACAUGCGCCUUAAUAUAAAGCACUUGGAGGGGCUCGCUUUGAUUAGACCCCCAGUAAAGAAGGGUUAAAGUGCCAAAACUGACCUACACUCUCACUCAUACUUAGACAUCCCAAAUGCAGUUUUCGAGUGCGGGAUAUGACUUACAGUCUGUGUUUAGACGGAAAUAUCUGACAUUACCUGAAAGAGAAACUCGAUACGAGAAUGAUAUUCGGAAAGCUCUUGAAGUAGCUACAAACGUCACGUCGCCUGUAGCUCGCGAUGCGCCUCAUGUAGCGCUUCAGCCAAGCACAGUGUUUUGGAUUUAAAUGGUCCAAUUUUGACACACGUGCUUUGCUCAACCGAGUAUCGGCGCUAAGCCCCAUGAUUUCACCUCGUCCUUGAGAGACCAGCGCAAGUCAACCCAAAUAAAACAUCCCGACCCUGUUCACCUCUCCCGGAGGGUCGUUUUCCUUCGAGACACGUGGACGAAGCCGUACACAGCAUUAGGGACUGAAGAGCCACAGCCUCUAUAGAGGGACUCAGACAGGGUGGGAGGAGAUCCCAGCAGGGUUCUGCGAAUCACCAAUGGGUUUGUAGUCUGAAGACGAGCAGCACUCAUCUCUUUCACAUCCUUUGUAGAUCAAUCUCCAGGAACCUGCCUCAUUCCACAGAUCGAUUGGUCUUCAGGGGCUUCCUACUGCAUAUCAGGCAGACCAUGUGAUCUUCUUCAUCAGUGCAAGAGCUUUAAAGAAUCAUACAUAAACAUCACCUGCUCUAUUCAUCUCAGACUGUUGCAGAGUGAUCCCACCACACAUUCACACUCUUUACAGGAGGAAUGAAGACAAGUGACGCUGAAGACAGGAUGUCUUCCAAGCGACCAGCCUCUCCAUAUGGGGGAACAGAUGGAGAGGUAGUCAUGGCGACGAGCAGACAGCGUUUGGAGGAUGAAGAACUUGACGGACAUGCUGUCAUUCACUUGCCCCUGAGUUCAUACUGCAGCAAAAUGUCCCCGCGAUCUCCACGACUGCUCGACAGCCCCCCAACACUACACGCGAACAUGGAUCAGGAUGGCAGUAAAGGCCUGGCCCUGAGCCCCUACCCCCAGCACAACUCGUCUACCUCACCCAGUAAGCAGCAGGAGGAGGGGUCCCUACGGCCGGGGAGUGAACCCAGCUCCGCAUCAGCUCUGGGCACACCAGAGAGACGCAAGGGCAGCCUGGCCGACGUGGUCGACACGCUCAAACAGCGCAAGAUGGAGGAACUCAUCAAGAACGAGCCAGAGGAGGCCCCCAGUAUUGAGAGGCUGUUGUCUAAGGACUGGAAGGACAAGCUAUUGGCCAUGGGUUCUGGCAACUUUGGAGAGAUCAAAGGCACCCAGGACAGCCUGGUGGAGAAAGAGCGCCAGCUGAUGGGGAUGAUCACACAACUCAGCAGUCUCAGAGAGCAGCUACUGGCCGCCCAUGAGGAGCAGAAAAAACUGGCUGCUUCGCAGAUCGAAAAACAGCGCCAACAAAUGGAGUUAGCGAAACAGCAGCAGGACCAGAUUGCAAGACAACAGCAGCAACUUCUGCAGCAACAACACAAAAUCAACGUCCUGCAGCAACAGAUCCAGCAGGUCCAGGGUCAGUUGCCUCCACUGAUGAUACCGGUAUUCCCUCCAGAUCAGAGAACUCUGGCAGCCGCUGCUGCACAACAAGGAUUUCUGCUGCCUCCAGGGUUCAACUACAAACCAGGCUGCAAUGACCCUUACCCUUUACAGCUAAUCCCUGCGGCAACACCUGGCCUCGGCCCUCUUCAACUGCAGCAGUUGUAUGCAGCUCAGCUAGCUGCCAUGCAGGUGUCUCCGGGGGCCAAACACAGCACAGUGCCUCAGGCCAACCUGGCAACCGGAACACACUCGCCCACCAGCGGCCAUAGUGAGAAAAACAGAAGCACCCCACCACCAAAGCCCAAGGACGAGGGCGCUCAGCCCUUGAAUCUGUCAUCCAAGCCUAAGGCAUCCGAGAGCAAGUCACCCACCUCCCCCGCUUCCCCACAGGUCCCUGCCCUGAAGCUGGGCCCCGGGUCCCUGAAGCACAGCGCCCCCUCCAGCAUUGGAGGACCGCCAUCCAGACUCAGCUCCAUAGACCUGCUGUCGUCCAUAACCUCCGGCGGCUACCUGAAUGACCACGAGGCUGUGACCAAAGCUUUCCAGGAGGCCCGACAGAUGAAGGAGCAGCUAAAGAGAGAACAGCAGGUUCUGGACGCCAAAGUAGCGGCAGUCAACAGCCUGAGCCUCAACAACGGUCGAUCAGAAAAGGAUAAAGCCGCUCUUGAAAGCCUGAGCCAACAGUUAAAACAGUCUGAAGAGAGCAAGUUUACUCAUGCAAUGAUGGACUUUGGUAUCAGUGGCGAUUCAGAUGGAAGCCCGAGUGUGUCAGACUCACGAAUCUUCCGAGAUGCUCGAGGGCGUGGCAGCAGCGAACCGCACAUCAAGCGGCCCAUGAAUGCCUUUAUGGUCUGGGCUAAAGACGAGAGGAGGAAGAUCCUUCAGGCCUUCCCUGACAUGCAUAACUCAAACAUCAGCAAGAUCCUCGGUUCUCGUUGGAAGUCCAUGACAAACCUGGAAAAGCAGCCAUACUAUGAAGAACAGGCCCGUCUUAGUAAGCAACACCUAGAGAAAUACCCAGACUACAAAUACAAACCGCGGCCCAAACGCACCUGCCUAGUGGACGGAAAAAAACUGCGCAUUGGAGAAUAUAAGGCCAUCAUGCGCAACCGCAGACAGGAAAUACGCCAGUACUUCACCGUAGGGCAGCAGGCCCAAUUGCCCUUGUCCUCAGCAGGCGUUGUGUACUCGGGUGGGCUCUCUAUGGCAGGAAUGCCCUCUCCACAGAUGCCCUCUGAGCACUCAAGCAUGUCUAGUAGCCCCGAACCAAUCCCACCCACCAGCCAGCCCUCUUACCUCACACACAAGGGGGAUGGGCCUCGUGUGAAGGAGGAGCAGCUACGAAUGAACGAUGGCAAUGGUGACGCCUACGAUGACUUUGAUUACGAAGACGAUGAUGGGGACUAUGGCAGUGACAGUGAGAAUCACAUUACUCAGUAAACCUGCCAAUCACAGCCAUCUCACCAGUCACCUGGCAUCUCACGCAAGCAAACUUCAUAACUGCCCCCCAUACACUGUCCAAUCAGGACUCCUCCAGAGCCAAGCCCAAUAUACACAGCAAAGCACAGGUCCUGUCAAUCAAAGCGACUGUUACAUCAAAAGGAGAGUCUUGUAAAGGAAGUGAAACUCUUGCCUUGACUCCCACUGAGCGAACGUACCACGGCAGGUUCACAUUGAAUCACGAGUAAGCUACGACGACAUAGGAAAAAUGACCCUUAACCAGUUUGUUAUGGAGACAUUUAUUACUAAGGACCUGUCCUAGACACUUUAAAACGGUGGACCUGUUUGUUUCUAAAGAGACACUUUUAAACUGCUUUUUUUCUUGGUUCGAUAAUAUUCUCACUCAGGUACACAGUGCCAACAAGUGGCUUGUGAAUGUGAUUUUGUUGUUUUGUGCUACAGUUUUAAUAGAGAAAAAAGACUUAUUUUCCUCUUCACCCUAAAGCACCUGACAGGAGUAAAAUGACAAACAUUUCCUAUUUUUUUUCUCUUCGGUGUGCUAUUAGCUGAAUCGCUUUCUUUCAUCUUCACGCUCAUGUUCUCUCACUCAAAGAUGUCUUUUCUGUUGGAAGAAAGGAUGGAAGGGAAGAUUUGCGUCCCUUCACUCAGGAGUUCAGACACUGCUGGAUGACAGACAAUCCCUCCUUCCUCACAUCUUUUCCACUUGACACGUUUAUACUGUUCCUUUCUCCAACACUCCUCAGUGGGAACUUAGGAUGUUGACGUCUCUCUCAGGUCUGGAGACCAACUUUACGAGAUAGCACAAACUUUGUGUUUGGUUUAACAGCUGACAAUGGCAAUGGUUAUCGCGGAGAGUGACGCCUCGAGCAGAAUUAUUGUACGCGUGCACAUUUCUUUAUUUGAGUGUGUGAAUGAAUGCGCCUUUUUCUAGGCUUUAAGUUAAUUUUUAUUACAUGUAGACGGUUGAUGUGCUGGUCAUGUGAACAUUUAUGAAAGAAAACACAGUCAUAUUCAGUACGUACGACUCAUGCUAGCAGCCAGAUCCAUGCAGAAGCAAGUCAAACAUUUUAAAAAAUAACACUGCAUUUAUGCAUUCCUUUUUAGUUUUUGUCUUAAUUUUAAAUUAUUUUAUCCUAUAAUUUUUUUCCGGUCAUUCUCAUUGUCUCCUUGAACAUCUUGUUUUUGCCAUCGCUGGGUGCAGGGAACAUUUGAACCUCAUUCUGAAAAGAGGAGAGACAGAGAGAAAAGCUCUCUGUGCUUGAAUGGCGUAUUGAAGGAGGAGAAUAGAGUUCCCACAAGCCCCAGUGUUCAGCACUCUGUUUGCAAAGGACUGCUCUGAGAGAAACCAGGAAUCUGGUUCAAGGCAAGCACGAGUGUGCGUUUCAAUCAGUGCCCCUUAAUAUAUCUCACAUCUAUACUCCUCUAAAGGGGUUUGUGUUUGGUCUCUCUCUUCUUUAUUUCCCCCAUAUUUUUUCCAUCUAUCACUCAGUUUAUCAGCGCAGAGGAGUCUCUGAGCCGUGCCAUCAGUCAUCCGCUCUGACUGACCCACUCCAUCUUACUGCACCUGUCUGGCUGCUGUUGGCACGGCAACAGAGUUUGAUUGACGGCUGCCCUAACUGUAACUACUCUGCCAGCCUCUCUCUUGCCUGGUGUGGGCAUAAGCGAGACACACAAACUAUUAGGUGAACAGCAGCCAGACUCCAGCCAUUAAUAUGCGUUUUUUCCCCCUGUACAUCUACCCAAAAGCCGUCCAUUCACAAUACAUAUCAAAUUAUAUAUUCAGAAUGCAAACGUAUAACAUAUUUGAAUUUUCUGGCCUACUUGAGAUUUUUUUCUGACGAUAAAUGUUAAAGGUACUCUGAUGCCUGUAGCACUAGCAAAGUGAUGACCAAACGCAUUUUGCGUGUUCGUCUUUGUCUAGUUUAUUCGGUUCGACGAGGUCCCGUCUUAUGUUUGUAUUUGUGUUUUGCCUCCAUGUCAACGUCACUCUGCUGUUGAGGUUGGGAGGAGCCAUUUCAGACUCUGCAUGUUAAUGUUUUAGUUUGUAUUUGCAAAUACUGUAUUUUAUUUUGUUAAAACUGCCUCUAGUGUAAUAAUAUUAUUAACAAUAAUUAUAAGAAUAGGCAGCAUUUCCUAAGUUUAGUAAGUUAUGUACAGUAUAAUUUAUUAUUUUCCACCAGUUGGACUUUUUUUUUAUGAUCAUAUUGAAAUUGCGCUUGAUAAAGCAUUAUAUUUAGCUGGGUAGGUAUUUAGAUUUAAUUAUGUUCAAUAUUCUUUUUUUUUUCUUUCUUUUUUUUUCUUGUUUUUUUGUUGAUUAAUCCUGUUCUGACGCUGGUUUAUAAAGUGGUCACGGUGAACUGCUGAUAUGAAGGAAAAGAGACAUUUCUCUUUUUUUUAUUAUUUUCAUUUUCUCCUCCGUGCAUCAUUCAUGAACUCCAAACACAUUUCUUAAAGCACUAGGACUCUGGACAUUCGGAGACAAACAUAAGAAGAACAUAAUAUUUUUAUUUGUAAUGGUUUAUGUAUAAUGUGAAGUUUCCUAUCUGUUAAUUCUCCUUUUCUUUUACUGAAGAUAAAGAAAACAGCUAUAUUAUACACGAUUGUUAUUGAACAGAAAGAGCGUGGCUCUUGUUUACUGAUUUUUGUCAAUCCUCUCGCUUACAUUUCAUUGGAACAUCACUGGUUUAGAUGAAUGCAUUGUUUUACCUAUUGUGUCAAAUUACAGUACAGUUAUAGUGCACAACACCUAAAUCUUAAAAGGAUAGUUCACCCCAAAAAUGUAACUGACAAAACCUAAAGUGCAGCAUGGACAUUCUGCUAAACAUCUAUGCUUCCCAGAAGAAAAAAAGUAAAACGGGUUUUGAAAGAUAGCAGCUGGUAACCAAUUCCUUUUAAACAGAAGACAUGAACUUUCUGAAAUGAUCAAACUGUCUGAUUCAGUGAAGCUCCAGUGAAUGCCCAUAUCAGAUGUUUUUAUCUCUUGAAUUGUUUUAGCUCCACACACCGUUUCCCUCUGUCAAUCAAGCUUACAGUAGUGACAUCACAAUCACACUUUGUCAGAUAAUGAAAGUCACAAUCACAGAAUAGCCACCAUCUGAUGUGACCAUGCUUUCAAAUCUAUUAAUUCCCACAAUCAUAUAAUUUGAUAGGGACACGUAUGCUGGAGGAAGGACUGGCUUGUCAACUAAUCUGUCUGCAUGGUAACCUCAUGGUCUUUAGAACACAUACUCUGAUGAUGAUGAUGGCCUGUAUUAUGAACAAUAAUUGAUAAGACAAUCAAAGUCAUGUGUGGAGCUCAAAACAAUAUUAAAAGACAUCAAACAAAAAGUACUUAGAAACUUAUCUUACCAUCUCAACUUGAAAAUCGAGAAAGAUAAUUAUGUAAAUACAGCAUAGAGUUAUAGAUUUAUAUUUUGUUCAUAACAGUGUAAUAUAAGUUGUAUAUUUCUUUCUCUUUUAUUGAUGUUAUUCAUGCCACAAUAAAAGCAAGAGUUACUGUACUCUUAUGGGAAAAAAAAAAGAAAAAAAAAGCAAGCUGUGGGUUACCACAAUCUGUUCUAAGUUGACGUUUUUCAGUAUUACUGCCAGUCAAGGCUCAAAUAAAAACAGCGACGUGUUCUGUA